GAUUACAACGUGAACCAGAAAAUGGACCAGAAAAUUGCCUCAUUUGCAUACUCAGCCGUGCGACAAGACAACAUUUAUUUUAUUCGUGUGCGGCGGGCUUUUAUACACAGCUAAGGCUGCAACCUUCAGUAAGUGUAAGUAAAUUGACAAAAGUGGAAAUCCAAGCAGUGUUCUGCUGUUCUGUUCACACUGUCCAGCACGCAAAGCCUUUCAGUUGGAAAUUAAACAGAACCAAGAGGAGAAACUACAAUAUGGUCACGAUUUCCGAGAAAAGCAUCUCGACAAGACCAAUUGUCAUUGCCAUUAUCGUCGGCGCCAUCAUCAUCGGUAUCGGGUUGGCCAUAGGGCUUGGAGUUGGUCUCAGAGACAGCGAUGAUGACGUCAUCGCACCGGUUGCCAACGGGGAGAAGUACAAGUCCUCGACUGGCACAUUUCAAUACGCUGCCGUGGUCGCCGACUCAGAAGUCUGCUCCGAGGUUGGGAAUGACGUGUUGGCUCGACUACGAGGUAACGCCAUGGAUGCCACAGUAGCCACCCUGUUCUGUACUGGAGUAAUCAACUCUCACAGCGCGGGGAUCGGAGGAGGUUCCUUCUACACUAUAUACCACAAGUCCAGUAAUACUUUCUACAAUGUGAUCAGCCGUGAGACGGCACCAGCUGCCUCUACGCAGGACAUGUUCCAAAGUGAGGAGAAUCAGCCCAAGUCGCUUCUUGGUGGAAUGGCUGUCGGAAUUCCCGGCGAGGUGCUCGGCCUUUAUGAAGUUCACCAGCGAUUUGGCACCGUUCCCUGGAAGAGUCUGGUCAUGCCAUCAAUCAAACUUUGUGAGGAAGGCUUUCCGCUGACCGAAGCCACACACAAUGUGAUCUCUAGAAUUCCGGACAAGACUAAGUUUGCGCCUUACUUCAAUGCCGACGGGAGUCCAAAAGCGGCUGGUAGUUUGAUCAAAUUUCCAGAGCUCGCCCGGACGUUUCGCACCAUCGCUGAUGACCCUCUCUCCUUCUAUAACGGAACUCUGGCGGCUGAUAUUGUCAGUGAUAUAACUGAUGAAGGGGGUAUAAUCACAAUAGAAGACCUGGCCAACUACAAGCUAACAACCUCGGCCCCUACCAAUAUAAGUCUGCCUGGGGGGUAUCAAGUCUUCUCAACACCUCCGCCAGGUAGUGGACUGGUCCUCAGCUAUAUUCUUGGAAUUUUAUCCGGAUAUAACAUGGACCCCAGCAAUAUUGCCACGACUGAGGAAGAAAUACUUACAUAUCAUCGUAUUGUGGAAGCCUUCAAGUUUGCAUUCGGCAAGAGAUCGGAACUUGGGGAUGACCGUUUCCAUGAUAAUUCAGAAAACGCAGUCAACAUGACGUCACGGGCUGUCUGUGAGGAGAUCAGGCAACGUAUCAGUGACGAGAAGACGCACGACAUCGAAUUCUAUAACCCAGCCUUCUCCGUGGCCAAUGACAGCGGUACUGCCCACAUCUCCGUCAUAGACGGUGAAGGGAACGCAGUGUCCGUCACGAGUACAAUUAACACUUAUUUCGGAAGCAAGGUCCGCGGCUCGAGGACUGGUAUCGUGUUCAACAACGAGAUGGACGAUUUCUCCACCCCAGGAACUGUCAACUACUUUGGCCUGCCCGCCUCUCCUGCCAACUUCAUCCAGCCAGGCAAACGUCCCAUGUCCUCCAUGUGUCCAGUAAUAGUGUGGGACAACAACGAGCAGAGGGUCAAGAUGAUCUCUGGUGGUUCCGGGGGGACAAGGAUCACGACUGCUAAUGCUUUGAGUAUCAUUGACGUCCUCUGGCUGGGUAUGUCCUUGCCCGAAUCCAUAGACAAGCCUAGACUCCACCACCAGCUCGUUCCCAAUGCUGUACAGAUGGAGAACACUUUCAGCAAGGUUAUUGCAGAUGGAUUGGAGGCCAAAGGUCACGCCAUUCGAGAUAACUUACGCCCUUCUGUGCUGCAGGCCAUUAAUGUUCGAGACGACGGCUCGAUUGUGGGAACAGCGGAUUUCCGAAAGGGAGGAGUACCGAAAGGAUAUUAGGAUACACGUUAAUCCGACUGCUUGACGUGAUCGAUUUCUGACCUGCUGGAUGUGGGCAAAUUAAAGUACAUUUACCAAGCCAGCGGAAAAAUACCAUUUUCUUUUAUUUCAUCAUUUUGACGAGCGCCUGAUUUCCCCACGCUGCUUCACAUUUUAGUUCACUUGGAUUUAGAGUUCAAUUUAGCUUCAUCCGAGAAGUUGCUUUUACACAUUCAUUAACCAAACUAUAACCAAUAUUUAACCUCACGAGUCAAUAGAGACAUUUUAAAGAAACCUUCUACUAUAUUAUCUGCCUUGUGUGAACUAAUCUGGAACAGAAGUUCACAGAAAUGAGACACGCAUUCUCCUCAAGAAAGUUAGGAAUUAACAAGAUCGUUUCUGGAACUAUCAUAUUUUUUUUCAUUGCCCUCCUCAAACUAGAAAGGAAUGAUUUAUAAAGUCAAAAGGAUGUUUACACUCAAUACGACUGCACAGAAUGUUUUUAGAAGACACAAAUAAAUGAUUGGACGGGUAAACAGAAAGGCAAAUUCAGACAACCUGAAAGAGUGGCUUGCAAAAUCUGGCAACAUUGCAAUCCUGUCAGAAACAGUUUGAGUAAUGAUACAGACCAGCACGUAUCAAAUACAAGAAUUUUUUUUUUUUUUUUUUUUUUUUUGGAUAUCGCGGUUAAGGAAAUUAUGUUACAGUGCAUACGUUCUAGUACCUUUUUAUGAAUUUGCUCACUUACCAUAAUGUGUAUGUUUAUUUUACAGAGUGAGAAAGAGAGGAGAGAGGGAGAGAGAGAGAGAGAGAGAGAGAGAGAGAGAGAGAAAGAGACGGAAUGUGAAGUAGAGAUCUGAUUAAGAGAAAUGGGAGCAAAAGAAAGGGUGAGAGGGAGACAGAGGAGAGAGAGAAAGACAGACAGGCAGCCGGACAAAAAGUGUGAGAGAGAAAAAGCGAGAGGUAAAAGAUGAAAUAAUUGACAAACUAUUAUGCUAUCAAAAUAUCUAAGCUUCCUUCCAUGUACGGAGAAAUGAGUGCUAUAUUUUUUCAACAUCUCAAAUGAUCUGCAAAAAAUACUACAUUCAGUAGAAAUCAUAUAUUUAUUGUCAGUUAAGCAGAAAAUACAUAUUUCAUGUAUUUCAAGCAAAGACCAUUUAUAUUAAAAUCUUGAACAACAAUUUGAAUCGUCUUCUUAAUGAACAACUAUCUUGAAUAAAAGUAAUAGAACAAAAACUAA